AUGUUCGCGAAGAAGCGUUACCAAGAGAAGGCGACGAUGAAGAAGACUCUGGCAAUGCACGCGGAGCGGACGAACAAGCACAAGGCGGACGCGCCAGUGGCGGAGGGCGCGGUGCCGGCGUACCUGCUGGAGAGGGAGGCGACGGCGCGCGCCAAGGUGCUGAGCAACACCAUCAAGCAGAAGCGCAAGGAGAAGGCCGGCAAGUGGGACGUGCCUCUGCCCAAGGUUCGGCCGAUAGCAGAAGAUGAGAUGUUCAAAGUGGUCAGAUCAGGGAAGAGGAAAACCAAGCAGUGGAAGAGGCUAGUGACUAAAGUCACCUUUGUGGGCCCAGGGUUCACUCGUAAGCCACCCAAGUAUGAGCGCUUCAUCCGCCCCAUGGCUCUGCGUUUCACCAAGGCGCAUGUGACCCACCCAGAGCUCAAGUGCACGUUCCAUUUGGACAUCAUCAGUGUGAAGAAGAACCCCAACGGCCCCAUGUACUCGUCCAUGGGGGUCAUCACCAAGGGAACCAUCAUUGAGGUGAACGUGAGCGAGCUUGGGUUGGUCACACCAGCUGGCAAAGUCAUUUGGGUCCGCCGCAGCAAGGUAUGGUUCCCCCCCAAGCGCGCGUUGGCGGCGUGUCAGAGCUUCCGCACGACGCGGCACGCGGACAGCAGCGUGCGGCAUCACGAGCAGCCAGCGAAUCAGGCGCUCAUGCUCGAUCGCCUCGGCGACGACCCGCUGGCUGCUGCGAGCGGGCAAGUCGUCGUCGGCAGCGACCGACGGUACCGCGUGGUGUACAGGCUGGUGAACAGCAUCUACGUGCUGGGGCUCAUGCUGGCGGACGACGAUGAGACGUCGCUCAACGUCUACAGCUGCAUCAGCACCGUCAACCAGGCCGUCAGUGUGCUGGUGGCGGCGUGCAAGGGCGUGGAUGUCACACCGGAGAAGAUAUUCCGCAAGUACACUGAGGUCUACAUGGCGUUCUUCUACGUGCUACAGGGCAUCGGAGCGGCGCGCCUUUCCGCGGUGCUCUCGUACGUGGCGGGCGACGGUGCAGCGCUGCUCGUGCCACUCGCCACCAACACCCUCGCCGACGGGGAGAACCGCGCGCGCGGCGCUGCCAGCUGGCGUGUGGCUAAUGCCGAGGCGGUGGAGCGACUGGCGAGCGUGGAGUACAUGUCAUCAGCGCACUUCGAGCUACCAGAGGAGGCCAUAGCAGCGGGCGACGAGACAAUGGAGGCGUUCGCCCCGGCGCCCUCCCAGCCUGCCUUCGAAGCCCCCCCCGCGCCCCCCACGCCCUCUCCGCGCCCCUCCGCGGCCUCGGACCCCCUGGCGGCGCUGGCGCUGCUGGGCUCCGCGGAUGACCCCUUUGCCGCCAGUGACAGCCUGCUGGGGGGCGGGGGGGGCGAGCUCGCGCUGCUGGACGCGGGUCCUGGGGGGGCGGGUGGGGUGGGGGAUGUGGCGGCAGCAGGGGGUGCGGGGAAGAGGCCAGAGAAUGAUCCCACAUCGCUGCUUGCGGAGCUCGAGGCGGGGCUGUCCUCCGCGCCCCCCCCCUCCGCGCUGGACCCCUUCGCGUCAGACAGCAUGGCGGACGCGUUUGGGGCGGACCUGGAGGCGGAGGGGCUGGGGGGACUCGCCGCGCUGGGGGACGACGAGGGGGACGACGCCUGGGGGACGGCCUUCGGGGGGAGCGCGCUGCUGGGGGGGGAUGGGGACGCGUGGGGGGGAGGGCUGGACGCAGCAGAGUUUGGGGUGGAGCAGGGGGAGGAGGACGCGUUUGGGCUGGGCGGCGGGGGGGACCUGGGCGCGGCGCUGGGGGGGGGAGAGGGGGCGGCAGGGGGGUCAGCGGUGGCGGCUGCACGGCAGCUGGAGGUGGCACUUGGGCUGGGCGCCAUGGAUGUGUCAACCCCAGCAGCCAGCACGCCGCCAGCAGCAGCAACACCGGCCACGCCAGCGGGCCCCACACAGCCCACGUUCCGCGUGGAGGAGCGCAUCAGUGCGGACUUCCUCGGGUCCUCGCUCACGCGCGUGCGCCUCUCCGGCACCGUCUUCCUCGCCCUCCCAACGCCCAAGGCCGCAGCGCUCGCUGCAGGGGGGGCGAUGGGGGGUGGCGGUGGCGCUAUUGGUGGGGGAGGCGGGGGGGGCAGUGGGGCGGGGGUGGGUGGAGGAGCGGAGAAGGACGGGAGUGUGGCGGACGAGUUCUCCUUCCGAUUGGAGGGCUCUGGCGCCAUCAAGGUGCGUGCCCUGCCUGCUCUGUUCUGCAGGAACCCUUGCCUCUCCUCUCCUCCCCCCACUGCAUUCCCUCACAUGUUCCCCCUCCCGUCCACACGCCCCUCUGCUGUCCCUCUCCUCCGCUUCUUGUCCAUCCACCCCCUCCCCCACCCUCUCCCCCCCCCUUCCUCCCAGCGCUGCACCAUGCGCCCAGGCAUAGUGAGCGACCUGGGGAAGGGUUAUUUCCACUUCCGCAUGCCUCCCCCCGGCACCACCUUCCCCCCGCUCUCCGCCCCCUCUGCUGUCACAGCCUCCCCCCAGCCACCCCCCAUGGCGGACCUGCUGGGGGACGGGGACGAGGGCAUGGGGGAGGUGGUGAAUCCCCGGGAGGGGGAUGCGUGGGGGCAAGAGGGGGAGGGGGCGGGGGGGGCGGAGGGGCGGGCGCAGGAGUUUGUGCUGAUGAAGUAUCGCCUGCAGCCGCGGUACACGCCCAUUCCGCUGCGACUCAGGUUCGUGACACGGAGGAGUGAUGAAGCGCUCUCACUCAUGAUCCAGUACGUGGCGAACCCGUACCUGCAAGCACCGCUGAUGAAUGUCACCUUCAUCCUCUCCCUCGCCUUCUCCCCUGCCUCUCUCCGCCUCAACCCAGAGGCACAGCUUGACCCAUGGACUAAGGAGCUGAGGUGGCAUGUCCCACAAAUCAAUUCCAAUGACCCACCGCAGCGCCUGAGGGCUCAGAUCCCCGUGAUUCCAGAUGACUUGGUGCACGGGGCGGCAGAGAGGACAGCGGAGGAGAAGCAGGCGGAGGAGGACCGCAAGGCACGGGAGAUGGCGGCAUACCGCGUGCGCGUGGAGUUUGAGUGUAGAGGGUCGUCGCUGUCAGGCGUUACUGUGGGUGAGGUUAUGGCUUCAGGCAAGCCACCAUUUGCUGUGGCAGGGCAUUCGUUUUCCUCUUCUGAGUAUAUCUGCUCGUGA